AUGGCCGUUCUAAGCUUCUUUCAUCCCUCUGAGUCUACAGCGCUGGUAGUACCUGCAGCGAAACUGAGGACGGUCAGCCAGCAUUUGCAUCACCAAGAAAUCCUGGAUUCCUCGGGGAUUCCCGGGGGACCUCCUGAAGCACCUCAGAAUGAAGCCUCUAGAGCUUCGUUCUUUUCUCUCCAAGGGUCUGGGCGGCUUCUGGACAGUCGACGCGCUGAUACUGCGUUCGUCGAGGCACACGCACGAUCAGAAGCAGGAGCCGCUAGGCCAGACACAAAGAAGUAUCCAGCUGUAAGUUGUCAGAUCUCCUUCCAUGGGCAUUACGACGAACCCCCCAUGGUACAGGUCAAAGCUGAAGCGCCUCUUGAUGAUGCCGUUACGGCCAUCUUUGUAGACGAAAGUAGCCGCUUUUGGGUUCACGGACUUCAGGGUAAUGUCAAGGUGCCAUCUAAUUUUACUUUUGGCGCUGAAGGGACGGAAGGAGAUUACGCAGACAUACACCCCCCUGCUGGCACAGGUAAACACCGCUACACGGUGAUUCUUUACUCUGGUGUACCCCACCUAGGGCCUAGACUCUCCUCGCUUGCUGGCACACCGUGGAAUAACAGGGAUCGGGCAGUUGAAUCGUUGAAAGUCAUCGAGGAUGACUUGAAGAAGGAGAAUGGACAGCAUCCAGAGGAGCUCUGCAGAUGCUCCGUUGAGGUGUCUGACGAAGACAUACAGAAUGCACUAGUCGUGUAG